AUGUGGCUGAAAUUUGUCGAUCAAGUCAGCUUAACUCGCUGGGAUUUAUUUGGCGGCUGUAUUGUAAUCAUUGGGGCUUUGGUGAUUAUUCUGCAACCGCAAGUAGGACAGCGCUCGAUCCGUUUGACCAAGCAGGGCAUAGAAUUCAGCGAGGAAUUCUUUUUCUCGUUGAGUUUGCUUACGAUUCUUAUUCACUACAGCUUCAAUUUUAGCCUGAUUAUCACGUAA